AAAAACGAUGUAACAAUACAUGUGUUGAUCCAUAGGACCCUUUUCAUUUCAGAAGUUGGAAACACUACUAUUGUCUUUGGAUUUGUGGCUUCACCAUUUUCUAGCUACACGACCAGAAGCAAGUUACUUAAUCUCUCUAAACCUCAGUUUCCUUCUAUAAAAGAGAACCACCAGGAAACCAACUAUCAAGCGAAGAAAUUCUGAGCGGGCCACGUCAUGACGCACAAGGCCCGCCCCCCCCCGCGCCCCCGCCCACGGGCGCACAAGACGCGUAAAUAAGAAGUCGACGGCCUGCAGGCAGCCUCGGGGCCUGACGGGAUUGUGGCGGUCCUCUCUCCCAACUCGGAAGCUGCGGCUACCCCCAGACGCUCUCAAGAUGGCGACCUCUCUGGGUUCCAACACCUACAACAGGCAGAACUGGGAGGAUGCGGACUUCCCUAUUCUGUGCCAGACGUGUCUUGGAGAAAACCCAUAUAUCAGAAUGACCAAAGAAAAGUACGGGAAGGAAUGCAAAAUCUGUGCCAGGCCAUUCACAGUGUUUCGCUGGUGCCCCGGGGUCCGCAUGCGUUUCAAGAAGACUGAAGUUUGCCAGACCUGCAGUAAAUUGAAGAAUGUCUGUCAGACCUGCCUCUUGGACCUAGAGUAUGGCUUGCCCAUCCAGGUUCGUGACGCAGGAUUGUCUUUUAAGGAUGACAUGCCAAAGUCCGAUGUCAACAAAGAAUACUACACACAGAAUAUGGAGCGAGAAAUUUCUAACUCUGAUGGAACACGGCCAGUUGGCAUGUUGGGGAAGGCCACAUCCACCAGUGACAUGCUGCUCAAACUGGCCCGGACCACACCCUACUACAAAAGAAAUCGACCCCACAUUUGCUCCUUCUGGGUGAAAGGAGAAUGUAAGAGAGGAGAGGAGUGUCCAUACAGACAUGAGAAGCCAACAGAUCCGGAUGACCCCCUUGCUGAUCAGAACAUUAAAGACCGAUAUUAUGGAAUCAAUGACCCUGUGGCAGAUAAACUUUUAAAGCGGGCAUCAACAAUGCCUCGUCUGGACCCACCAGAGGACAAGACUAUCACCACACUGUAUGUUGGUGGUCUGGGCGAUACCAUUACUGAGACAGAUCUAAGAAAUCACUUCUACCAGUUUGGAGAGAUCCGGACAAUCACUGUUGUGCAGAGACAGCAGUGUGCUUUCAUCCAGUUUGCCACAAGGCAGGCUGCAGAAGUGGCUGCUGAGAAGUCCUUUAACAAGUUGAUCGUCAAUGGCCGCAGGCUCAACGUGAAAUGGGGAAGGUCCCAAGCAGCCAGAGGAAAAGAAAAGGAGAAGGACGGAACCACAGACUCUGGAAUCAAGCUAGAGCCCGUUCCAGGGCUACCAGGAGCUCUUCCUCCUCCUCCUGCUGCAGAAGAAGAGGCCUCAGCCAACUACUUCAACCUACCCCCCAGCGGUCCUCCAGCCGUGGUGAACAUCGCCCUGCCACCCCCGCCUGGUAUUGCCCCGCCCCCACCCCCAGGUAACCAGCUUCCUUCUGAGGAAAUUGGGAAACCCUGGCGAAGUCCUGUAGGCUGUGGGUGUGUGUUAGCUCGCAAAGCCUUUACUACCUGCCUGCAAACUCCAAAAGGAGUUUGCACCAAAAUGUAAAUUCCUCAAGAAAGU